AUGAUGAGGGCAAAGGCUUGGAUCCUGAAGCAGCAUUUUGAAGGGGUUCCUAAGGAGAGUGACUUUGAAUUAAUAGAGAUAAACCUACCAGAUCUAAACAAUGGAGAGCUGCUGCUUGAAAGUGUGUUUCUCAGUGUGGAUCCCUAUAUGAGACUAUACAGUAAGAGUUGGAUGAAGGAAGGAGACACUAUGAUAGGAACUCAGGUUGCAAGGGUUUUGGAAAGCAGAAAUCCUUCAUUUCCUGUAGGAACUUUUGUUGUGGCAACUGCGGGCUGGACAACACAUUUUAUUUCCAAUGGCAAAGACCUAUCACCACUGCCUUCAGACUGGCCAGAAAAACUUCCAAGAUCAUUGGCUCUUGGAACAAUUGGCAUGCCAGGUCUUACUGCUUAUUUUGGCCUACUGGAGAUCUGCAGGCCCAAACCAGGACAAACUGUCUUAAUUAAUUCAGCAGCUGGUGCUGUGGGCAGUGUGGCUGGGCAGAUUGCUAAACUUAACGGUUGUAAAGUGGUCGGCACUGCAGGUUCUGAUAAGAAGUUGGAUUACCUUAAGGAACUUGGCUUUGACAAAGUCUUUAACUACAAGACGGUGAAAUCCCUGGAGAAGGCUCUGAAGGAUGCUGCCCCCGAUGGCUACCACUGCUAUUUUGAUAAUGUGGGAGGAGAAUUUUCCAGUGUUGUUUUGGAGCAAAUGAAGACAUAUGGGAGAAUUGCGGUGUGUGGUGCUAUCUCCUUGUAUAAUGACGCCAAACGCAAGAAAGGGACAUUUGUCCAGGUCCCCAUGGUCUUGAAACAGCUGUACAUGGAAGGUUUUUUAGUCACACGUUGGAAUGAUAGAAAAGAGGAAGGGCAGAAGGCACUACUGAAAUGGGUUCGAGAGGGGAAAAUUAAAUACCGUGAGGACGUCACCAAGGGUUUCGAAAACAUGCCCGCUGCGUUUAUGGGAAUGCUCAGAGGAGACAACUUUGGAAAGGCAAUAGUAGAGGUAUAAAAGGCACUAGGUUCUGCCUUUGAAAGUUCCAUAAAUCACUGUACCUGCACUUCCUUAUGGUCUGACUUGUCUUCUUGCCAACAAUGAUCUAAUUCUCUAAGAUUAUGCGAAUCUACUAUGCCACUGCAGCAUGCCUCAAGUGUGGCCAAAACAGAAAAUCAAGAUUAUCAUGUGAAGUCUACGGACAAAAAAACCCAAAUGCCACUUAGAUUUGUUACAUCCUGCUGUCAAUAUGUUAUCCAGUUUGAAUAAAAGCAGCACCCUGAAAAGAUGAAGCACACAGAAUCCUUCCUUAUCCAUAAAUAGUUUCUACAUCCAGAGAUUGUAUUCAGACAUAUUAUAGAUGGUUGGGUGAGCUUGUGUUGGUUGCGAAAUAAAUAAAUGAUAUAAAUAAAAUCAGUUUUAUUUGUUACAGUAUAGCUUUAACCAGCAAACAACAGAAACAAGAGAAUAAAAAUAGAUA